CUCUCUACAUCAAGCGGUAAUUUCUCUCUCUCUCUCUGCCAAUUCUGCUCUACUUUCCAUUUUUCAAUCCCAAUUCCAUUUUAGGGUUUGCUAGAAUUGCAAUUUCAAAAUUCACAACGGGAUAGUAGCUGUUCCCAGCAUUCAAACCAAAUCCUUCGUGUUCCCGGGCCUAGGGUUUCCUUUCCUGGGCAUUUGUUCAUGCUUUUUGAUUUCAGCUUUUGAUCUGUUAAUAGAGUGAGGAUGCCUUCGCUUUCCGAAAAGGAGCUACAAGAGCGGCUUGCCUCAGCUGGGAAGAGUCUUGCUCAGCCUCCUGCGUCGCUCGAUGAACUCCUCCCUCUCCUCGAUGAAGUCGAGCAACUUCUAUCAAAAGUGGAGCAGUCUCCUCCGAAAACUAUGCAAGCUUCUCUUAAUCCACUCACGAAGGUGCUCGUCACUACGUCACUCUUAGAGCAUUCCGAUAUUGACGUAAAAGUAGGUGUAGCUUCGUGCAUCAGUGAGAUAACCAGGAUCACUGCUCCGGAUGCUCCAUAUAAUGAUGAGAAAAUGAAGGAUGUCUUUCGAUUGAUUGUAUCAUCCUUUGAGGGUUUGGCAGACGUUUCCAGCAGAUCAUAUGAAAAGAGAGCCACUAUACUAGAAACUGUGGCCAAAGUAAGGUCAUGUGUCAUCAUGCUGGAUUUAGAAUGUGAUCAGAUGAUUGUUGACAUGUUUCAACACUUCCUGAAAGCUAUUAGAAGUUAUCAUUCUGCAAGCAUUAACACAAACAUGGAGACUAUUAUGACUCUUGUCAUAGAAGAAAGUGAAGAUAUAUCCACAGAUCUGCUUGCUCCAAUUUUGGCUACCUUGAGAAGCAACAAUAAGGCUGCUUCAGCAAUUGCUAAGAAAUUGGCUGAGAGAGUGAUUCAGAAUUCAGCUGACAAGCUUAGACCUUAUUUACAACAAGCAGUAAAAUCUUUAGGAACUUCAUUCAAUGAAUAUAGUGAAGUUGUGGCCUCUGUGUGCCGAGAGAACACUGAUACUGUUGGGCAUAGUAAUGAGAGCAUCUCAAAAAACCAGCCGGUGGUUAAGGAAAAGUGUACCAGUGCUUCUCCAGCUCAGGAUCCAGGAACUCCGGUUGCUCAGGAUGAUAGGGAAGGGACCAACUAUCAUGAAAAAGACUCCACUACUAUCAGAUCACCAAAGUCAGUUGUGAGUAAUGGUAUCAAUGAGACUGGGACCAAUAAAAUUACUACCGAGGAAAAUUCUUCAAACAAGGUUGAUUCUGAAGGCCAACUUGAUGCAAAGUCAACAGUCAAAGAUGAAUCUGAUGACCACGAUGCACAGGAACCUGAGAAGUUGGAAGCAGAAGCUGAAGUUGAAAAGGUGCAGACUGAGGCAGAAAACCAUGAUACUCCAGAUAAAGAUGUACAUACUUCUCCAAUUGAAGUUAUACCCGUUGAAGCUGCUGAAUCUCUGGACAAAGGAGAGGACAGAAGUGUUGAGGCUGUCACUGAAGCAUCUAAGCCAGUUGAGGCUCACUCUGAAGUGUCUAAACUUGUUGAGGCUGUCACUGAAGCAUCUCCGGCACAAAGUGGCAGCCACCCUGAUGAGAACCUAUCUGAAACAGAGGUUAAGGAAACAAAGGAAGAAAAGUUUGUUGAUGAAGAGAUGGUAUCCGUUGAUACUGCUCCUAAGAAAGCAUCUGAAGAAGAAUCCAUUUCAGAAGUAAAGAAGCAGCGGUGCUCAGGAAAAAAGCGAACCGAUGACUCGUCUGACAAGGAUAAAGCAUUGACUGAAGAAGCUGUAUCAAAGAAUGAUGAUGGCUGUGCAAGUGAUUCAGAAGCAAGAACACUGGACCAGGCAGAAGAGCCGAAGGAUGCUAGUAAUAAGAAAGCGCAUGGAUCAGCAUUGAAGAAGCAGCAGCGCUCAAGAAAAAAGCGAACGGAUGACUUGUCUGACAAGGAUAAAGCAUUGACUGAAGAAGUUGCAUCAAAGAACGAUGAUGGCUGCGCAAGUGAUUCAGAAGCAAGAACACUGGACCAGGCCGAAAAGCCUAAGGGUGCUAGUAAUAAGAAAGGGUAUGGGUCAGCAUUGAAGAAGCAGCAGCGCUCAGGAAAAAAACAAACUGAUGACUCGUCUGACAAGGAUAAAGCUUUGACUGAAGAAGUGGCAUCAAAGAACAAUGCAAGUGAUUCAGAAGCAAGAUCACUGGACCAGGCAGAAAAACCGAAGGAUGCUAGUAAUAAGAAAGAGUAUGGAUCAGCAUCGAAGAAGGAAGAUGUAAAAAAGAGUGGGCGUGGCAAACCUACCUCUGAAAAAGAGACCCCAAAACCUUCAGCAAGGAAGAACCAGGGGAAAGACACAGUUACUCCGCGCAAAUCCCAGUCAAAACCCACAAAACAUGAAGGAGUUCAGGAAGACACUCCAAGAACAAGCACCAAGAGAAAAAAUACUCCUGGCAAAGAGAAAGCAUCUGACCUAGAGCAUGGGGAGAAUUUGGUUGGUUCGAAGGUUAAAGUGUUUUGGCCAAAAGAUAAAGAGUAUUAUGAGGGUGUGAUUGCUUCAUUUGAUUCUGCCAAGAAAAAGCAUAGGGUUUUGUAUAAUGAUGGCGAUGAAGAGAUAUUGAACCUCAAAAAAGAGCAGUGGGAUUUUCUUGAUGAUGUGGUUUCAAAUGGGGGCCAGGAUGUUGAACAUUCAAGUCAUGAUACUUCCUCUGAUGUACAAGUAAUAAAGAGGAAGGCUAACAUGAGUUCUGAAACAACAAGCAAACGCCAAAAGGUGGAGGGUUCAGCUAAAAGCAAACAGAAAGAUACUCCAACAAAAACUGGCAGCAUCUCUAAGGAUGAUGGAAAAGCAGAGUCAGGGUCCAAAGGAAACUCCCAGAAGGCCAGUAAAAAAUCUGCGGAUAAUAGAUCUAAAGAUCAAUCUCAGAAAUCUGGGGGCACUGUUCAAGUUGAUUCUGCCAAAGCAUCCGGGAAAUCCAAAGAGGAGGAUGUCAGCAAAAACUCUAGUCAGACGAAACAAGACAACCUACGAACUCCAAAGUCAAAGGGCAAAACCACACCUGGUGGCAAGACCCUUGGUUCUGCAAAAUCAACGAAAUCUAGCACAUCGAAGGUGAAAGAAGCUGAUCAGAAGAAGGAAAAAACACCUGAUACUGCAAAAUCAACAGAAACAGCAGCCAAAGGGAAAGCCACAGAUUCUGCCAAAUCACGAGAAGGUGAUGCUAAGGUUGGAAAGAAGCGAAAGAAGUGAAUUAUAUCUUGGCGUGGUUCCCCUCUGGGGUGAGUUGUCUUUUUUCACAUAUCAAGUUACUCUGUAGACUUUCCUACCAUUGUAGGCUAAGUUAGACUUGGAUAAUGUCAACUGCCAUAGCUUUAGCAUUUGUCAUUGUAGUUGGUAGUGGUUAUGUUGGAGGUAGUUACUUCUGGUGUUGGUGUUUUUUUUUUCUUUCUAAAUCUAGAACAUUUGUCAUCAUCUUUUGGUGUUGGUUAUUUUCGUUCGUACAUUAAUUAUGGUAAUCGACAAUAGUUCGACCAGUUCAUGUAACAUAUAAGUGCAAUAUUUGGGGUGAAUCUUUCACCAGAGAUGAUUAUGGUGAAAUUGAAUUUGAAGUAAUGCUUUAAGGUUUUCUGGA